AUGAAACCUGAAGAAGAAUUCCUGAACGCAGCUGCAUGGACAGAAAAGUACCCGCACUGUUAUCCACGUUGGUAUGGAAAUUUCUUGGCUUUCCUGUGCAUCAACCACCCCGAAUAUGCAAAGACCGUGUACAGCAGAGGCGGUAAGAAAUGUGUAUCUUAUGUCCCUCUCAUUGUGCAGUUACAUGAGUAUGCUGGAGGCUGUCAAAAUUAUUCAUGCAGUAAGUUGCAUUGCUCUUUGUAAGGCAAGAAAUAAAUGUAAGUGAUUCAUAUUUCAAGGGCAUCCUAAAGCAACCUUCCCCAACCUGAUGCCUUCAAGAUGUUUUGAACUCCAACUCCCAUCAGUCCCUCACUGCCAGGCAAAGAACUCCCAGCUCCCAGCUCUAGUUCUACCCAAGUCUUUAAUACUCAGAUCAGAUUGGUAGAGAAGGCACACAGCAGACUACAAAAUUCAAAAAGUACAUUAGAGAACUGGAUAUUUCAUUUUGGAAAUUGGGGGAAGCACAACUAUUUGCCCAACAAAUGGCUGGAGUCCCCAAGGCUGGUCAGGAAAAUGGUCACACCUUGGAGUAAGCUGGACAAGGAAAAGGUUGUCUGUCUUUAUUUACAUGUGCAACAAUGUGGGAGUGUGCCUUGGAUCUGGCUGCUGAAAAGCAAGGAGAGGCAAGUGAGGGAGCUCUGGGUGCCCAUAGGAAUCCCCUAGAUUCAGGCAACAGAGUACAAUUUAGCAAAUUAAACAUUUAAAUUUGUUCUCACAAAUAGUUUUUUACCAUCUCAUGCUAAGCUCAUUUUCUCUCAUUUAUCACACUAUUCAGAUCCUAAAUCUCUUGUAACAUACAGCUUCCUAAUUCCAUGGAUUGGUAUGUAUUUUCUCUCACUAAUUUAUGCACCCUUAUAUUUUCUGUGAUAUUCUUGCCUCGAGCAUAUACAUAUAUUCUCAGCUUUCAAAGUUCAAACUUUGGGAAGCUGCUAGUAUUUGUUAAGCUGGUGCCUUCCCCACUGGUGCCUUCCAGGAGGCUUUAGUGCCAGCUUUAUUCCUCUGGCCAACUGAUUUCUGCCCAUUUUGCUCAGGAAUCAGACUCUAUAGUAUGUUUCCCUACAAUCUCAAAAGUCUGUCCUUAUAGAGUCUAUGAAGAAGGACUUCUCGGAUUGUAAGGAAAUAUACACACUGCAUUCCAUGUUUCAGAAAUCCUUUAGUAGGUAAAUAGAUUCUUAACUUGAAUUAUUCCAGCAAUUAAAUGCCUACUUCAAUGGGUCAUAUAUAGUGCUGGGGGGAUCCUUCUACUAUAAACCCUGUCAUCUGUGGUGGAUAAUUUUCCAUGUGACCCUGACCCUGGUGUAUGUGCCUAAGAAAGACAACAUUAUCUUGGGCUUCUGUUCCUCAUUUUCCUUCCUUUUCCUGGCAGGAAGGGGGCUUCUCAUCCUGAAUGGGCCAAAGUGGCAGCAGCACCGGAAACUGCUGACUCCCGGAUUCCAUUACAAUAUUCUGAAGCCUUAUGUGACUCUUAUGGCAGAAUCAGUCAAGGAGAUGCUGGUAAGAAACCCCAUUGCUACUUUCAGGAGGUCAGCUCCAGUCUAAGAAGUUGCUCAUCCACCUUCAUGAUCUCAGUCCUGCUUUGAGCAGACUCAGAGGGCCUUUAAAUUUUUAUUUUUCUUUGACCUGAAAACCUCCUCUGAUACACCACAAAGAUUUUUUGGGAAAGUUUGAGUCAGAAGCCCCCACCAAAGUGUGAAGCUAGUUGAGCAGCCCUUUGGGUCGCAGGCAAUGAGUUUGCAGCAGUAUUGAAUUCUAAAAUUCCUUCAUAACCUGUGACACUUGAUAUUGUCUUAAUUAGUUCAUCCACAUUUUCAGGACAGACAGAUGCUGACUACCAUUAGCUUUCUUUGUGGAAUAUUAAAAUGCAUCACUUUGAAGGGUUGUGCAGUGUUGUAUUAGCUAGAAUUGUAUGUCAAAACUGUGUUUACGUUUGCAGACAGUGUUUUUGACUGGAAUGCCUGCUAUCACCCUUUCCUUUUUAGUCCUGUGUAUUAAUGAUCAGUUCAUUAGCUCCUGAUAAUCUCCUAACCUUGUUUCAGGGAACACAUUCAGCUACCCAAUCCUGAAGCACACAGUCGAGUCUCUCUCAGAGGACAGCCGCACAUAAUCUUAGCAAAACCAUUUCCCAAAUGCAAGGAUCAUUUGCAGGGGAAAGUUAAUGGGCAGCAUGGAGAAUGCUCAAUUCUGUCUCACGCCUCUUCAUUCUUCCCCACAUUUCCUCCCCACAGGCUUUAUGUGUGUUCCUGAACUAGGCUUACGAGCCAGUAGAGGAAACUGCCCAGCAGACAGUGGUGGCUGAUGCACAUUGCGACCAGGAGGGUAGAAGGCAGGGUGGUCAAAAAUAAGUGGAGCCAGAGCAAAUGACAGGCAGAGCCAACUAAUCUUACUCCAUGCCGAGUUCUAGAAAUGCAACACUGAGGCUAAAGACACAGGCAUGCCUUUGACUGGUUAUACGUAAAAAGGCACGUGGGUGGGGUCACCCUGAGGUUGAUGGGACAGUCCUCCAGUCAUCCUAAUGAACUAGCCUCCACUGCUAGGAGGGGUCUAGGCAAACUGAUGUAUGGGGAAAGGGUUAAGCACCUGUACUUCUCAGCCAAUGAUUCUCCUUUGGAAAUGCUCUCUGCCAUGCCAUGCCUUAGUAUUAUGGGGUAAGGAUCACUGUCAUUACCUUGUAAUGUGCAAUUUCACCUUCAGUGAUGUGAGUACAUGAAAGGACCCAGAAUAAGAAAUAAUCAAAGCACCUCAGAAAAUAAAUAUAACUUAUUCAGCAAUUAACAAGCAAAAUCCAUAGUUGGGCAGCCACUGAUGUACUUGAAAAUCUAAAGUUUUCAUAUAUUGACCACAGCAGAUCAUAUAUUGUUCCAGUAUCUAAUAAUGAAUCAUUUAAUCAUUCUAGAGACUUCCCCAGAAUGAGACUUCUCAUUUCUGUCCCUUUCCUAAAACAUUAGGAUACAUGGGGAAAGCUGGAACCAAAGAAUGGCACAGCAUCAGUGGAGAUGUUCGAACAUGUCAGUCUGAUGACUCUUGAUACUAUUAUGAAAUGUGCCUUCAGCUAUCAGAAAAAUGCUGAAAUUGACAGGUGAGUAUAAGAUGCCAAUUUAAGGCAAGGUGGGAGCCACAGGCUGAUACAGUCUUUCUUUUUUGUGCCAUGGGCUAGCAGUGACAUGAGAAGCAAGCCCAAGGUUGCAAACACCUCUGCAAUCUGCAUAUGGUUAAUGAAGCCAUUCAGGAUGAUGGCUAUCACUACAUCUUUCGUGAGCAAAUUCUAUAGUUUAACUGUGCGAAGAAAUAGUUUCUUUAGUCUGUGAUGAAUCUUCCAACUGUCGGCUUCAACGGAUGGCCCUGGGGUUCCUUCCUCUAGCCCCUGGACCAAUUUGUUUGACCUUAUUGUGGGAUAACCAGCCUCACAUAACCAGCAUGCUUGGAUCUAAUUAAUGCAUGAAGGGGUUAAGACCAUAACGUAAGCUGUCCUGCCAGGCUUAGCUCACCUUGGAAGAGAGUAGGUAAUCAGAAACUAAUUGGUAGCCAUUGUAGUCAGGUGUAACAUGCUCAAACCAUCUUGUCCUUGUGCUGAAUUCUGCACCAGCUGAAGUUUCCGAGCUUUCUUCAGAGGUAGACAUAUAUAUAACGUGUUGCAAUAUUAUAACAUAGAGGUUACCAAAGUAUACACAACAGAAGUUGUGUAUCCAGAUAGGGAUACAGCUAGGCCACUAGCCGAAGUUGAUGGAAGGAAUACCUUGCCACUGAUGCCACGUAGGCCUCAAAUGACAGCAAAUGAUCCAGAAAUACCGCAAAAUUAUGUAUCCGUUCCUUCAGAGGGCGUGUAACCCAUCAAGAGCACACAGCCUCCCAUCCAUCCAGUCCAAGGAACCACUCACUAACAGUGCUUCAGUCUUAUCUGGAUUGAGCUUCAAUUUCUUGGUGCUCAUACCAAGGCAUUAAUGUCACUGCCACACCUGCAGCUGUAAAGGAGAAGCAGAACUGUGUUUAAUCAGCAUAUUGCUGACAACAUAUUCCAAAACUCUGGAUAACUCCACUCAGGAGUGUCAUGCAGAUGUUGUGGGGGAUAAAAUUCAACCCUGAUGAACCCCACAUUAAAGGCUCUGUGGAGCUGAGAAGAACUCCCCAAGCAUCACCCUCUGGAAACAACCAUUGAAGAAGAGUGGAACCACUACAAAACAAUGCCACUCAUCCCUACCUCCGAUCUCAAAUAGAAAUGGAUCUAGAAAUGGGACUUUUAAGAAACAUGUCAUCUAACCUUUUUUGUCUUCAUUUUGUGCUUAUAUUUGUUUCCACUUUCCUACUGUCCACAGAGAUAAUUCCUACAUUCAAACUGUAUUUGAUCUCAGCUUCCUGUUCUAUCAGAGACUGAAAACACCUUGGCAUCACAAUGAUCUCAUUUACCGGUUGACUUCCAAAGGGCGUCAGUUUUACAAAGCUUGCAAAAUAGCCCACCAUCACACAGGUAUGUAUCUUUUACUCCUUGGCAACAACUUCUUCUUCCUCCUCGUCUCCCUCCUCUUCUUCUUCUGAGCUAAUAUAUAAAUUUAUUUCAUAAUAGAAAAUUCAAAAGCAAAAACAUACUGUUUCAGUACCAUUAGGAAAAUUAAAAAUUGUAACAGUGUCGGUAUGAUGUACUAAGGGCAUAUAAAACGUAGGUGUGAAAAGAAGAAAAAAUUAAAAAACAAUUUAAUAUGGGUUAAAUGAUUAGUAACACAUGGACUUAUUAGGAAAGUUAGAGAAAUGAGAAAACUAAAAAGGUUGAAUAUAUUUGCUUGCCUCUUACACAUAGCUUUAUUCAUUUCAUACUGUUUGUUUUCAAUGCAGAGAAGGUAAUAAGAGAGAGGAAGGAUUCCCUCAAGAAUGAGAAAGAGCUUGAAAAGAUUCUGAAGAAGAGGCAUUUGGACUUCCUGGAUAUUCUUCUUUGCGCAAAGGUGGACAUUGUAGAAAUAAUGCACCUAUGCCUGCCAUGCUAUAUUGCUAAGGGCUUUUCUUGCCAUCACUAUAAUGUUCAGAUGACAUAGCCCAAGCAAAAUCCCAUGGUCUGCAAUAUAUACAUAAAAUUGUAAAGCUGUCAUCACACUGGAGUUUGUGUGGCUGCUGACAGGUGGCCAUGUUAACUCCAGCAUUAUGGCAGAAUGGAUGGUGGGCACGUGAGUGAGCAAGCACCAUGGGUGGCAGGUGGCCCAGGUGAGCUGUUUAAUUGAGGGGGUGGUGCUUCAGAGAGCAGCUUGGCAAACCGCUUUUGGAAGCACCUCCCCCUUCUUUGAUGUGAGCUGGGAGAGGGAGGAGGGUCUAGGAGAACUUUAAGUAUUGGAUCUCACUAAUCCUAUAAAACACUAUUUUCCCUGUGCGGUUAGGAUGAAAAUGGAAAUCCAUUGUCAGAUGAAGACAUACGUGCAGAAGUGGACACAUUCAUGUUCGAAGGUCAUGAUACCACAGCUAGUGGAAUCUCUUGGCUCUUUUAUUGUAUGGCCCAGAACCCUGAACAUCAGCAGAGAUGCAGAGAGGAGAUCAUGGAGCUUCUUGGGCAACAGGAGGAGAUACAAUGGUCAGACUAAAUUCUUGUUCAACUUUAAAUGUUUAUUUUCUGGGUCAUGUUAUGAGGUUUCUGAAGGAGAGCAAUACUGCAGAGUAGUUUAGGAUCAUAGUAGUCUGACCACAGGCCUCAGGUUGAGUAAGUUCCAGGGAAGAUGGGCCAGUCCUAUACUGUAGGAAAAGAAGCUCUGAUUUCUAUUUCUAUAUUUAAAUCACUGCUUUGGCUGCUGCACGGAUGUACUGUAGCUAGUGCGGUCAUGUUUGUAUCACCAAAAAUACUGCAAAAAUCAAAAUCUAUUAUCAAAAAGAGACAGCUCUUCAAAAAGUAGGACACAAUUAGCCUCCCUCACCCAUUACUUGCAUGAAGAGGUAACACAGUUACAAGAGAUGGGCUGUGGACUGAGCCCACCAAUACGCCUGAUCUCUAAUGUCCUGAUAACUUCAAAAGAGGGGAGCCUCCUCUAUUCAGGUGGGAUUCCUGCAUGAUUUGCUUUCCAGGUAGACUUCCUGCAUGGUUUUAUUUCCCAUAACAAUAAAAAAACCCACACCAGUUUUGUAUCCUGUAUUUCAUUCAAUCAAUCAUUUAACUUAUUUACUGCCUUUCUCACGCUAUAAGAAACAAGGUGGCUAACAGAAUAAAUUAAAAUGAAUACACUUAAAACCCCCACAGUCAAUAUAAAUGUUUUUUUUUAAAAAAAGAAGUGCAUAACCCUGCUAAAAACAGCCCUAAAAGCACAGAUAUUCACUAAUAUAUGCAUCUCCAUGCAUGCUUUAAGCUAGCAUGUGCAUUUUUGCACUUGUUAUUUGGCUGGAGAAGUGCAAAUUAUGAAGGGUGGCUGUGUUCAGUUCACAUCUUGUUCCAGAAAGUGUGAGUAAGGUAAGUUCACCUUUAAAUAGGAACUGAAUCAAAUUUCUCCCUCUCCCCAACACUUGUAUUGAGCAAGGAAAGCGUAGGUACUGGAUUCCACCCUGUCUCCUUUUUCCUUCAUCUUAAUAAAACUUUAUGCGACUUAACUCCAGUAAUUUUGGGCGGUGUCUUUAAGGGACGACUUGGGAAAGAUGACGUACAGCACCAUGUGCAUUAAGGAGAGCCUUCGGCUUUAUCCUCCAGUACCUCUUAUAGCACGAGAACUGAAUUCUCCUGUGACUUUUGCUGAUGGACGAACCUUACCAAAAGGUAGGUUUCCCGUCUCUCCCUUCUGCAGACUUCCUUUGAACUCGUCCCUUCCUCUUCCAUCUUCAUUCUUACACUGUUCUCAUUAUUCAGUUCCACUGUCACUUAACUUCCAUCAAGAGUGGCUAACCUUUUGUGGUCCACAUUCACCCUGCCAACUGUGAUGCAGCCACCCCACACUCUUGCAUGCACACACUCACAUCCGUGCACACAGGGAAUACGUGGAGGACACAUACAGGUGUGCAUGCCUACACAGAGGUACACAGCCCCUGUGUUCAGAGGGACAAUUUCUGGAGCUGCUAGGCCUUAGAUGGACCAUCUCUUGAGGCCCCACCUACACCUAAAUGAAUUCCUUGGGCAAACAAACAAAUAUUACAUGACCAGGAAAGCACAGUCGUAUGCUUUCCAGCUGCCUUCCUGUACUCUGUGCAGGAUCAUCCUGGUUACCAGUGCAACAACUCUGAAAAUCUGCCUCUCUUUGCAGCAAGUUAUUGAGAAUGAAUGUUUUGGUAAAUGCCACUGGAUAGCAAUUAAUUCUCAUUACAUAAUAUCACUGCUGAUGAAAUGAUAGUAGAUGAUGUGUCUCUUAUUUUCACAGGCUUUCUAGCUGCAUUGGAUGUUUAUGGUCUUCACAGAAAUCCUGAGAUUUGGGACAAUCCUGAGGUAAUAAUAAAAGAAGAAAAGCCUAAGCAAGACCUUUCUGGCGAGACUGAGAGAAGUUGACAUGUUUUGAGAAAAAGAUGGUGGAAUAAUUGCCAUAGACACAUACAAUUUCUUUAAGAAAAGAGGCCAAUUGUUUGUCACACUAACACUGUUUGACUAGAUGUGUGGAUUUAUCCCAGUGUUUUGUUUUACCAGUUUCUUGCUUGUUUUACCUUACUAAACGCAUCCGGACGUAUUCCAGUUUGGAGGUGAGAAAGGCUGAUUUAGUCCAUUGCCUCAUAUCAAUGGCCUAAUACCAAAAAAACUACCCCCUGGUAUGAUAUUAGGUGUGGAGCAGAAACAGAUAAACACAAGUGAUGCCUGCGUUUCCUUAUGUGGAUACUACCAGCUCUAGAGUGUGUGCAUGAGAGAGAGAUGCUGGUGAAAGUGUUUGUGUCUCUGUGUGUGUUUCUGUGCGCAUGUAGAGCUAAAUUACUCCCUACGCCAUGACUCUGAUCCAAAUCCCUUUCCUGCCAGCAGCUCUUAGCAAAAGAAAAAUGUUUGGAUAUAUCUUCAAACACUCUGAUGUCAAGCUUAGUGUGUCCCUCUACAGAAUUGGAUAAGAACAGUAUGAGGAAGAUACUGUACUAAUUAAGCAGAAGGACAGGCCACAUAUUAUGUAGUUAUGAUUCUUAAAAUGUUGUUUAAGCACUUACAAAAUGGCAAAGAUCUAUUGCGAAAAGAAAACCAUUGCAAAAAUAUAUUGGCAAAGCUGCUGUAGAAUCCUAAUCCAGAAAACAUUCCUAAUCCACGUCAGGAGCUGUGGAAGUAUUCUGCCAAAAUCCACCCACCCACCAGUCCCUAAAGUGCUGCUUACAAAAUCUGUGUAGGCUUCCUCUCCAUUCAAAGAGCAACUUCAGGAGCAACAUCAGCACCACAGCAGGGGGGAAAGGUUAGCAUUUCCCUCCCAAGCCCUGCAGGCCUGUUGCUGGUCAGACACUCCAAUGGCUGUGUACAGUUUUAAAAACAUGCACACUGAUGCAAUUAACAUCAUGUCUCAUUUGGACCAGGCAUUUAUAGAUUUGUCUCGUUUGGCCCAGGCAUUUAUAGAUAUGUCUCAUUUGGCCUGGGCAUUUACAAAUAUGUCUCAUUUGGCCCAGGCAUUUAUAGAUGUCAAGGAAUUUUCCUUCAGAUUACACUGGGUAAAACAUAUUGCUAUGAGUGUAGUCCUAUAAUCCUACACAGAACUAAGCCCCAUGGAGUGCAAUGGGUAUUAUGACCCAGUAAGUGGGUAUAGAAUAGUAUUCUUUUUUGUGAAUGCCCCUUUUUCCUUUAGCUCUUUUGCCACUAUAUCUGUUGCCAUACUAAUACAAAGUUCCAUGACUUAUUUUCUGUUGUAGGAGUUUAAUCCUCUAAGAUUCUCCACAGAGAAUUCAAAGCAUCGCCACCCAUAUGCUUUCUUGCCUUUUGCUGCAGGGCCAAGGUAAAUAUUUUCUCACCUAUAUUUUGCACUGUUUCCUCCAUAACAGGACACUUUGACAUUAAUAUUCCAUGAAAGACACAACUGUGUUCAAGGCUUAUAAAAUUGUGGAUGAGUCCACAGCAAAGCAGAAUUAACUGCCAGCAUAAGGCAAUAUAUGCUCAAAUGCCUAAAGGGGUUGGGAAUAUGAAGGAGAACAAAGAUGGUGCCAGAUAUUCAUUUCUGGGAAGGGAAAUCUAAAAGUGAAGGAGCAACAACUGAAAAGGCCCUGAUUUGACCAUCGCAGAAUGCUCUUCUGUUCACAAUGUAAUGUUGCCCUUUAUUCUACUCAGGAACUGCAUUGGACAGCAGUUUGCCAUGAAUGAGAUGAAGGUUGCUCUUGCAUUGACACUCCUGCACUUUGAGCUUUUUCCUGAUCCUGCCAACCUCCCGAUUCCCAUGCCGCAAAUUGUCACCCGAUCCAUGAAUGGGAUAUAUCUGAAGCUGAAGGCUCUCCGCUGA